AUGCCUACACCGAGGUGCUCUGUCGAGCUUGUCCGCAUGAUCCUCGAGUACCUCGAUGGCGGUCAGUGGUUUUCCGUCAAGACUGACACGCUCGGUGCGUGCUCCCGGGUCUGCCGCACCUGGAAAGAUAUCGCGCAGCCCAUCCUAUGCCGGCGCAUACACCUCUACACGCACGAGCGGUUCGACCUCUUCCACGACUUCCUCCAAGCAAACGCGCGCAUCGCCUCCUUCAUGCACGAGCUCGUCUUCAGCGUCUCGUUCUCCGAAGACCUCUACCCCCUUCCUCCCUGGCUGCUCCUCGAGAUACUCAAGACGACACCCAACAUCCGCUGCGUCUGCCUCCAGGGGAUCACGCUGCUCGGGUGGCCGCUUUAUACCCCGAUGCCUCCAGUGCCAUUCAAACUGCACCGGCUGGUCAUCUCGGACAUCCAGAACGGCCCAUACCACAACGAGCACUGCGCCCGUCUCGACUUCCUCCGUCUCUUCACCGACGUCGACGAGCUCGUCAUCGCGGGCAGCACGAUCGGCGUAGAGUCGGACUCGGACGACGAUUCGGAGCGUGGCAGCAAAAUGACGGCCAACCGGCGCGGCAUACCCCAACCUGUCGUGCGCAAGCUGAGCAUCGCGGACCCGGACUGCUUCCUGGAGUACAACGACAAGUGCGGUGGGCUGGACAGAGCGGCGCUGCAGACGCUUGACGUCGUGGCCGACAACAGGGUCGCGGUGCGCUACGCUGGCAAGAUGCUCCGUCGAUACGGCGCGAACAUCCGCGACCUGCGCUUGAAUCUGUGCCAUGCGGUGAAGGUGCACAAACCCAAGGAUGCUCGUAUAUGGAAAGGCCUCGAGAUGGGCAAACUCACAACAGUGGCGCGGCUGACGCUGCAUGUGCGGGCCAAUACCGACAAUACCAAUUGGGAGCGCGAGGAGAUGGACCGCGAGUUCUGCAAGGCGUAUACUGCAGUCCUCUCUGCCGUCCCCACCGGCACACUUCGCGAGCUCACCUUGCUCGUCCCAAUACCGCAGGAAGAAGACGCGUUUUUCACGCUGGCGCAGUCCCUCGCUGCGAUUAUGUCGCUGGCCGUCGAGAGGUUCUCGACUCUGUCGACGAUCGUUCUCGUGGUCUCGCGCAAACUGACGUUUGAUCAGUGUGCUGCCAUCUUGUGCAAGGCACUCCCCGCUCAAGUCCUGGAUAGGGAUAUAAUACGCUUCGAGUAUUGGGGCCUUAAAUAUAUAGGCUUGGGCAUAGGUGCUCGAUUCACCGUCGCACACCUCUCACUAGUGUGGCUUGUGUCGCCAUGA